AUGGCCACCUCCAACCAAUGCCUUGCCUCGAUGGCAAGGCUCUCGCUUUCGGCGGCGACAAGACCCCAGGCAUCCGCCCUGCCGCGGUUCCUCGCCCCAGCCGUAACGCAGACGCGAUGCGCAAGCAAGAACGUUGCCAAAAUCAGGGAGGCAGCGAAGAAGGACAAGAAGAAGAAGAAGCUGAACAAGGACUACAAAUCUUACGAUCCGACCAAGUUUCCGCAAUUUUCUCUCUGCGACGCCAUGAGGUACCUCCGCGCCUACGAGGUCGGCCGCUCUCCCACUCACAUCAAGUAUGAGCUUUCCGUCCGCUUCAAGACGCCUCGCAAUGGACCCUCCGUCAAGGGCCGCAUCCGAUUCCCCAAUCCCGUCAAGACGGGCGACGUCCGCGUCGCCGUCAUCUGCCCCGACGACAGCGAGGUCGCCGUGCAGGCACUGCAGGCCGGUGCUGUUCUCGCCGGUCAGGACGCUAUUUUCGAAGCCAUCAGGAACGACAAGAUUAACUUCAACCGCCUGUUGUGCCACAGCUCGUCCGAGGCGGCGCUCACCAAGGCUGGGCUCGGCCGCAUCCUCGGUCCCAAGGGUCUCAUGCCGAAUAGACGCAUGAAGACCAUUACGGACAACGUCGUUUCGGCUAUUCGCGAUAACACGGGUGCCGACACGUACCGCGAGAAGAUGGGCGCGCUGAGGUUGGCGGUUGGACAGCUGGGUUUCACGCCAAAGAUGCUGGCGGCAAACGUCAAGGCAUUCAUCGAGAGCAUCAAGCAGGACGUGGAGAAGCUGGAGGGCACCCACAAGGAGGUUCAGGAGGUCGUCCUGAGCUCUUCGCACGGCCCCGGCUUCAACCUGAACGGCCUGUUUGAUCCGACGGACGAGAAGGUGACGCCGGCACACCUGUCGCAGGUCAUGUAA